UCGUCUCCGUCCCGUGCCCUUAACGUCAAUUCCAUCCCUCAGAAACCCUAAUCGAUCGAAGAGCAUCCAAAAGAGAAGCUCCAUUUCUCGAUUGCGGAGAAGAAAUGGAUGCCGAGGGGCUUUCCAUCAUCUGCACGGGCUUAGGAUUCGCGGACGAGGACGAUAAUGGCGGCAUCCGAGGCUACGUUAAGAGCGAGCACUGCUUAGAUAAUUUGAAGGAUUUGCAGAGAUAUCUCCGACGAGAAGAUCCAAUGCAGCGGGAUGUGUUCAAACAGAUCUGUAAAUGGAGAACUGUGCCUCAGGAUCUGAUUCCGAUUAUAGAGUAUUACCAGAGCGAUCGCAAUCUGGUUAUAAAUGCUGUGAAGGUGUUGGUGUUCCUUACUAUGCCUAUAGACCCUACCUCGUGUGACAUUGCUCAACAGAUGGAGUAUAUGUGGCACUUAAAGGCUGCGAUGACGCACAAUGUUGUGUUAGCGUCAAUUGUCUCUUUGCUUGAAGACCCUUUGGAUCAUUUGGAGCGUGAUGCAUUCACAGAGGAUGACUGGAAGUUGGUUCAGCUAGUGCUCACUCUGUUCAGAAAUGCAUUAGCUAUCCAAGACAUUCCAUUACACCAUAAGGCAUCUGGAUCUACCACUCAGUUUUUGUUUUUGAGAGAGAGGUUUCUGGAGCUCAUGUUUCAGGAGAAUGCCAUGGAUAUUAUCUUAGUUCUUACUCAACAUAUUGAUGGUUCUUGUGGCUAUCUUCAUGAAGACAAUUUGCUCUUACUGGAAAUUUACCACUACAUCUUUCUGGGACAGGAUGCAGAUCUAAUUUUAAAAGCUUCAAAAAAAAGCUCAAAGGCUGAUGAAGAUGUUGCAACGUCUGUAGAUUCUCUUAAAUUAAUGAUGGAAGAAGAAAGCAAGGGAAGAAUCACCAGAUUAAGGAACUCAGAAUGCCAUUCAAACUUCUCUGGGAUGUUUACUCGGCUUACCAUGGAUGGUUCUAGAACUAUAUAUAAAGGUAAUCCAGUUUGUGCUGGAGAUGGCAUGCUUAAAGUUCACAAAAUUCAUCGAGGUCCAGUGAAAAAGACUGCAUGGGACUAUGAGAGUGCAUCUUCAGCAAAAGAGAAUAUUUUGCAACUGCUGUAUGACUUUCUAAACCAAUUCUUAUCAGGAGGUUAUAACGCUCUUAUGCAGUCUGUGUUUAGUGACAUCAUAAAUGAGAAUCAAGCUGUUCAGAACGCUGACAUUAUCAUAUUUUUUCAAGUUGCUCAGUUUGCAAUAGCCUUUCAAUACCAGAGGAUCUCAAGUUCAAAGAAGCAAAAUACAGAGGAUUCUAUAUCUGAAGCUGCUCCAGAUCAUGGACCUGCUGAUAACCUAUUCCAUGGAAGCUUAUGCGGGCCAAUUGCAGCAACAGUCAAUGAGGCAAUGUUCUCUUUAGUCAUAUCUAAGUGGCGUGAAACCUUUGAGGGGUUGAAGCAAACUAACGACUUUAAAUCUCUGUCUGCAGCAGGAUCUCUAAUUAAGAACAUGAUUCGCAUGUUAGAUACAGUGCUGAAAUUAUUGCCGGAAGAUUCCAAAGAGAGUCACACAGCUCGUGUACUAUUAUACAAGAUCUUCUAUGAUCAGACAGAAGAAGGGCUGACUCAGUUCCUUUUGAACUUGUUCAAAUCUUUUGACACCCAUAAACAACCAAAAAGUGAUCUUGCAGAUUUACUUGAAAUAAUACAUAUUGUCCUGCGCCUAAUGGAGAAACUUCAAGACCGUGGCACAUUAAGGGUCUCAAGGAAGUCAAGAAAACAGAGAAAAAAGAAAACAAAAGAUACCAAUGAAGUGGAAGUCGCUAAUCAGGGUAAAGACAAGGAAAAUCCAGAAAAGACUGGAAGCCCUUCUUCUGCGGAAUUAUCGAAGCCAGAUACUGUUGACAAAGAAUUAGGAACUUCAACCUCUAAUCCAAUCACUGAACCAGGAGUGGCCACACUUGGACAAGGCAAUCUUACAGAUGGUCCUUCUCAUAUUGAUAUUGAAAGGUCAAAUGAUAAUAUUGCUGAUCCAGUAUAUGACACUGAUGGUUCUUCAAGUGAGGAUGAGGUGCCUGCUACGUAUGAGGUUGAUUUCAAUAUAUCUAAGUUGGUUGUAAGUUUUGCAAGUGAGGAUUCCAUUCGUAAUUUAUGCUGGUUACUGAAAUUCUAUAAAAGCAACUCAGCUUGUACGAAUCACUACAUAACAUGCAUGCUGAAGCGGUUCUGUGAUGAUUUAGACUUGUAUCCAAUGCUCUAUCAGCUGUCACUUAUGACAACAUUUCAUGAGAUUUUGGCUGAACAAAAGUCAUCUGUGUCAAAUGAAUACAAAAAUAUUGUCGAUUUUCUUUCCAAGGUCGCGAGGAGAAUGCUGAGAACAAUUAAACAUCAACCCUUGCUUUUUGUUGAAAUGCUCUUCUGGAAGACACGCAAAGAAUGCCACUGCAUAAAUGCUGAAGUUAUACAAGGUGAUCUCAACAAAUUGAAGGGUGAAAUAAGAAAUUUUGAUGGUGAAGUUGGUCAGCCAAAUGACAGAGCAGGGUCAACCUAUAAAAGCAUGGCAGAAUCUCUCGGUGAUGAUGAAGCUGAUGUUAUUAUCCAACAUAAUUUUAAUGAUCAAAGGCUGGAGAAUUCACUUGAUGAUCUUCGGAAGGAUUUUCUGAAUUCUAAGCGAAGUGUGGGAUCUCAAAGUAGCCCAACAUCCAUGUUGGAUGGUGAUUUUGAUAAGAAUGGUCAAAAUGAGGGUGUUCCAUCUGAUCCUCAAGGACACAAGCCUUCCAAAAGGCAAAAGGGUUUUGUGCCUGUUUUUGAUCAAGAGCAAGAGGAUACUUUGAGACUUCUGUAUGAAAAAUACAAGGAUGAUGCACGAUGUAGUCGUCUUAUUGCAGAAGCCAUGGAUCCUGAUGGAAAAAUAACCGCUGUUCAUGUUUCUGCUAAGCUUAGGCGGUUAGGUCUCAAGAUCUCUGGCAGGAAAAGGUUUGUGAGUGAUGAUGUUCCUGGCAGCUCAAACAAACUCAAGGAUAGUUCGUUUCCGGAAACCUCUACUCAUAAUAGGAAAAGAGUACGAGCCUUCAGUGAAGAGCAGGAACAUGAGAUCAAAGUCUUAUUUGAACGGUUCAAGGAUCACAAGAAGUGCAGUCACAUGAUUGCAAACGCUCUUGACGGUGAGGGUAAAUAUACUGCUGCGCAAGUUUCUCGCAAACUCAAGAAUCUGGGCCUUGUUGUUCCUCAGAAAAAGAAAUCAUCAGAAGCUAGAAAGCAGUUGAGCGACAUUGAAUUAACAGACAGUGGGGAGCAAUCUGAUGAAGAAACACUGCAGGCGAUCCUAAAAAGGAAAAUGAAAUCAUCAGAAACUUCAAAGCAGUCGAGUGACAUGGAGUUAACUGAUAGAGGAGAGCAAUCUGAUGAAGAAACACUACUUGCAAUUAAAAAAAGGAACACAAGAAAAAAGAGCAAGCCGUCAACUCAGGUUACAGCAACAGAAAUAUCUAACCAUGAAACGACCGAACAAGAAAAUAGUGUCCAUGACGAGGAAUUGAACAGGAUGCAGAUAGAUGAGGGAUCUGGUGGACUGGAAGCAGUUGAUUCGGCUGCUUUGAGGGGAACUGAUAGUCUCAAGGACAAGCUGAAUGAUUCCGACAUUGAUGAACCAGACAGAGGUCCGGCCAUCUCCGCCGAUCAACAUGCAGACCAGUGGCUCCAAAAACACAAGGAGCUUGAGGACAUCAUUGAUUCAGGAGACGAUACAAGCCCGGUUCAGUCCACAAGACCAGGAUCCAGGAGAACUUUUAAGAUGAUUGUUGAUAUCGACGAUGAUGAAUAAAUAGUACAAAAGCAGUUUUUGCAUUUGAAGCAAUGCUGAAUCAUGGACUUGAUUUUUGG